UUUUAUCGAUGACAUUACGUCUUACGUCUGAUCAGUCAAAGAUUUUCGUGAUCUAAAUUUUAUAGUUCUUCUUGGCUUGUGCAAAUCCAAUUUUAACAAAAAUGAGAAUCCCAUUUGGCAAAAAGCAUGCUGAAAUCGCCACUUCCUUCGUCUCAUCGGCGGCAGGAUUUGGUGGCGCAGCGGGGCUUGCUUUACUCUACCUGACAGAUUGGAAAUUGGUGCUGCAAUACAUGCCAAUCUACAACACGAAAUUUGACAAAUCCGAAUAAAUUGUUUGAUGCGAUUGGGAGAACAUUUACAUUUUUCGCUCUAUCCUUAUGUUGUUCAUAAAUCUAAAGUAACUUACAUUAUACACUUAAUGUGUUCGAAAAUAAAGUAGUGUGGAAGUUUUAGUGAAGUACAGCACA